UUAGUCUAGAGUGAGGUGCUGCUACUUCACCCUGUUAUACUCAUCACAUUUUGCAAAAGGAGGAGAGAGGAGAAAAAUUAACCAGCUGUCCCCUGGCAUACAAGAAAUCAGAUAGAAGCAGAGAAAUCUCUGCUUUGGAGAACUUGCGAUGCACCGGAAGAUACUGUUUCUGCUCUUGCUGUAUUAUAAUGCUCAUGGAAUUGUGCCCUCCAGGUGGAACCGAGCUAUGUUUUUCCCGUCAGCUCAACGUGUGAAGAGAUCCUCAGCAGCUCUUCUUAACCCGGUGCUUCAGAAGUCUCAGGAUGAUGUGGAUCUUCUAUUUGAGUUUCUUCUAGGUGAGCUGGAAAUUAGUGAUGACCUAAAAAUCACUGUCAAAGAUGAGGAACUUGCUUCAACCAGGAAGGCAAUGAUGUUUGACAUUCUGUGUAAUGAUGUUAUUCCAAAAAAUAUUACAGAAAUACGCAGAUUAAGCUCCAGGCUGUCAGGCUACCCUGGGAUGCUAAAGAAGGAAGAUUUUGAAAGGACAGUGUUGACAAUGGUCUACACAGCAUACAGGACAGCUCAGUCCCAAGGACAUCAGAAAGACACCUGGGCAGAAUCCUUUGUAAAUCUUUACAAGCUUCUGAUGCAUGACUUGAAGUUGUCAUCCAGCCAAGCUCCAACAUCUCAGAGAACGUGAUGCACCAGGAACUUACUUUGAUUAUACCAAGAAUAUCUGCUUCUUCAUUUUGAUAAGUAAUAAAAGAAACAAACUUUAGAACUGCAGGCUUGAACAUAUUCCUUAUUCUCUAGCUCCUCCUAGAGGGAAUCUGUUGUAAAAUCUUCUGUAUUGUAUUACAGAUUGUAUUAAUUCCUACUCUAGAAGUUUUCCAAAUUAUCUGGUCUUGUUUUUGAAGUGUAACCAAUGGAUUAAGAAUCCUCUCUUGUUGUGUUUUUAUUUCAUUUCCAUCAUUAUCUUCCUUGUGUUUGUAUAGAUUAUAGCUCACACAGACUUUGCCCAGCCUUUAAUUGAAACAGUUAAGCUCAGCAAAGCUCUGCUCAUCCUUGUUUGGGAAUUAACCAAGUUUUCCAGGGUAUGGGGGAAUCAGAAAACUUUCAUUUUUUCUGAUCUCUUCUAAAAGAUCAGGGAGAAAAAAAUGCUGAUCUCAAUCGUUUUGGAAACUCCAUCCUGCUAUUUCCCUCAAAUUCAUUUUCUCCCUUUUUCUGUCAAGAAGUGUUGAUAGGAGAUGAAACAAUGGCUUCAGUUCAGAGAAAGGAAAGGACUAGAUUCUCUUCCUCUCUGAGCUUCUUUUCUUGUAGCUGAUACAUUAAUAGCACAGUGGAAACAAAGCUCAAGGGAACAUAAAAAAAGGUGUUUCUUCUGAAGCUUACGGCCACUGCACUGGGGAAUCUGGAUGUUUACUGUAUAACGGUAUUCUGAUUAAGCUAUUAUUAUUUCAGGUUCACUUAGAAAGAACUUCAUCUGUUUCCACAUUUCUACAGUGAAGUGCUGGGUGUUUUUUCUCUGGGGGAAUACAAUAAAGAAUACACUGAAGAAGAAUCAUGCUAUAGAAUUGCAAAGUAGAUUACUGUUACUUCCAGUCCAAAUGCUCUACCUCUACGUCUGUGAAAAUGCAUGCAGAGCAGGAUAGCUGUUUAGAUACAAAUACAUCAAAGGUAAAAGGCCUUGCUGAGAGCUUGCCUGAUUGAUCCCAGCCUUGCAGAAAGAUUCUGCUAAUUUAAAAUCAAGUCCAAUUAGAUUCUAGGGGUCUUACUUCCAACUAAGUUACACACAGGUUUGCAACCUCAAUUAAACUGUGUUAGUUCGUGAUUCGAUUUUCUCUGAACUGAAAUUUGCAAUCUCAAAUGGGAAAAAAA